GAAGAGUUAUUGGCUCCCAUCAUCUGUGGCAUUAAAUACUAUCUCUAGUCUGGUAACAAAGACUUUCCAUAUCUGAAUUCCAUUUACCUUCAUAACUUAAUUUCACAUCAUUUUUCAACAGUGUUCCAACCAACCUGAAUUAAUAAGUCUUUCUCAAACUUGAUAUUCUACUCCCUGUCUCUUAUGCAUUCACACAAGUCAUUUCUAAUGCAUGGAAAGUACUCCUUCAUUUCUAAUCCUCAGAAACCUUGUCUGUCUUCAAGAAUUGUGAAAAGCGGCAUCUCUCCCUUAUCUCUCCAGUUAUUAGUGCUUUUUCCCUUCCCUAAGAGAGUGCUAAAUUUGGAGUUAUAAGUCAUAUUUAUAGCUCCACCACUUAAUACUUCAGUAACCUUGGGCAAGUCAAUUAAAUUCUCUAGGCCUCAGUUUCCUCAAUGUUAAGAUAAGGACAGUGAACUAGAUUUCCUCUAAGGUACUUCUAGUUCCAAAUCUUUGCUUUUAUAUUCUGAGGGCUGAAAAGAAGCUUCCUACUUCCCAUCUAGAAAAGUACAAAUGCUUCAGAAAUUCCUUACAAUGAUCUAUGAUCAUUCCUGUGUGAUUAUCUACUUGCCCAGAAGAAAAUAAUGUCUGAAAAGAAGGGUUUGAAUUGUGACUGACAACUCUGUGACUGAACAAGUAACUUCUUAGUUUUCUCAUGAAAAGGAUUAAAAAUAAUUGAACCAAUGUCAUUGGAUUGUUGUAAGGAAAGCAUUAGUAGAAAUAUUAAUUAUUAUUAUUACAGGAAUGGUUUAGCAAGUAAACCUAACUUAAAUAAUGUGCAACCCUUUUUGAUAUCUGGUAUUCUAUCAUGAAGGAAGGGGGGUUUGGGGGGGUUUUAAAGGACAUUACAGCCCAGGAAUCUUGGGAGGAGCCUACAUAUUGUCUGGUAUCAGAGGACACUUCAGUAUAAAUUAAACUAAUAUUCUUCCAAGCCACAUCCAAAUAAGAGCAUGCAAUUUUCAAUUUGACACAUUUUGCAAUUUUCAAAAGGGGCACAAAAUGAGAGAAAGAUUAAAAAUAGUACAAAAUCUAGGAAGAGCAGGCCUAAGUGGAGUACUUCACUAGACUGUCCGGGAUAACAGGAAAGUGUUUAGUUUCUAUGGAUAUCUAGGAAAGGUUGUUUAAAAAAUGAGAAAGAGUAGGGGACAGAAAAGUGUCAAAAAACAAACGCCUCAAUUUUACGUAUGGGCAGCCAGUCACAGGCUUGUGUUGUGGAAUGGAGGAAAGAGGAAGGAAACGACUAGACAGAGAAAGGCAUAAAGAAAUGAGUAAAAGACGUCUGCAGUUUCUACAUGUGCCAAGGCCAUGGUAAGGUUUCCAGAGUUCCCCAACAGCUUCAGCCAAGUGGCGUGGCAGAAAGGAGGGUGGGAGUGGGCGGUGUGGCGCAGAAUCAGGUUACACAACCUGGGAAAAUACUCAAAGCGCUGGAGGCGGGGCUUACUUUCAAAGCGCGGUGGCUUCACAUUGGCUGGACUGGUUGGCAGCUCCUAUAAAGUUGCUGCCAGCAAUUUUCUCACUGCAACUGGUUUCUAUCAGCCUUUGAGCAGACUUGUAAUGUCAGACACCACAGUAUGCAACCAUAAUCUGAAAACGUGAAGACCCAAGGAAUAAUCAGCGAAUUUUAGGUAGAUUAGCUCGCCCACAUACACCGCGGUACUGUCACUCAAAUGUGGUGCCUGGAGCGACUCCUACGGAUUCGGACACGCCCAGCGGCCACAUCUGCCUUCUCUCCUGCCAGCUUUACCAAUGUUCUCACCCCAGCCAAUAUACCAGAGUUCUGCAUCCCUCCCAGGCUCCUACCCAGUCCUUCCCCAGCCCUUACCCGAGAUCUUUGGCAGGAAGAGGAGCUGAGGCAAGAGUGUGUGAGAGCCAGGGAGGACCCAGACCUUACUGACUGGGAUCCGCGCUCUCAAGCUGCGCUCUCACUGCCGCACCUGCCCCGCCAGCCCACCUCGUACGGCUUCUGCACGUUGCUCGAGAGCCCCAAUACUCGCCGCAAGGAGUCUCUUUUCCUCGGGGGCUCUGCAGCCGCUGCCGCCCUUCUCCUGCAGGCCCCGUCCCAGUCACUAUUGAGGCCUCGGGCUCACACUUACUGCGGCAGCGGCGGUACCAACGCUUCUUGCAACCUACGGGGGCGGCGGGUCGCCCCAGACAGCCCGGCCAUUGGCUGCUCUUCCUCCUCCUCCUCCUCCUCCGCCAGCUCUUCUCCCUGCAGUUCCCCACGGCCCCAGGUAGCUCCCGCCAAGCGCUCCCGGAGCCGUCAGGGUUACCGGCACCUCCUCCGGGCCCCAGACGCCUUGGGCCGGGCGCUGCGAGCCAGUGGGAGCCGCGUUCUGGCCCGGGCUCGCUCAGUCUCCAGCGCAGAAGAUGACGACGAGGACUAUGAGGCUGUCGGGGACGCAUGCCGCAUCUCCCAGACAGCCACCUGCCAAUCUGGCUCCGCUCAAAAACGAGCUCUAUCCCCAUCUCCGUCCCCUUCUCCUCUGGGUCCACUGCAGGAGCGCCUGGAGGUCCAGAGCACCCUAGCCUUGGACUGUGACGGCGGUGCCCUGCACUUGGCCACAGAGUACUGUCCCGUGUCCCAGCGGCUGCGCAUCCGCCUGCUCAGCGCCCAGGGCCUCUACAGCUGCACCGCAGAGCCGGGGGCCAUCGGCUGCAGAGUCAGCAUCACCUUGGUGCUGCCGGGGAAGACACACAAGCAGCGCAGCGCUGUGGUCCGACGGAGCCGAAAUCCAGUCUUUAACGAGGACUUUUUCUUCGAAGGACUGUCAGAGAAUGACCUGCGCCGCACAGCUGUGAGGGUCAAGGCCGAGAACAAAGGCAGGGGCCUAGAGAGGGACCGUUUGCUGGGUCGGGGAGAGCUGGAGCUGAGGACCAUACUGCUCUGACCAAGUGGUCCAGCCUCAUGCCUCCCUUCCUGGUGCUUUCUGUUAUCCCAGGGAGGCCAGGGCCUUGGCAGCUAUUUUGUAAAAAAGAAAUAAAAGUGUUCUUUUCUUUGAAAUA